AUGAAGAUUACGAGCGGGGGCUUCCGACACACUGCAGAAGAAUUGACUACUAGUGACUGCGGUCUAUUGUAUAUUUUUUCACCUUCUGACUCUGUGUUUGGUGCCCCAGUUGAAGCCCUUUUCAGCUGUGGAAAUGGGAUCAGUUUUUGUGGGAUCCUCCGUGGGAAAAGGUUCCAGUACCUGUCAGCAACAGCUGACGAAGCGACUCUACACCAAAACAGACACUCGGAUUUUGCAGUAUUGACAAUCCGAUGCUCUUUUGUUCAUAGACGCCAGGAUCGUCUGCUACGUGUAAGUAAACAGAAUCUUCAUGGGCGAAAGGCCGAGGAAGAGGACGUCGCAAUGGAUCUUUUUAGGUCUGUAACUCAGUCUGUGCUCGGGGCGCCACAGCAGGACCAGAAAUCCACCGGUGCAGAUACAGUUGACCGGCUUAUUGAUCGUGUUCAGUCAUCCACCUUGCUAGAAGACAGAAGAGAUGGGUGCAGAGCUCUCAAGGCAAUGUCACGGAAGUAUAGGGUGCUUGUUGGAGCACAUGGCAUGGAUUCAUUAUUACAG